AUGACAGCCAACGACCAAUGGUGUACCAUCGACCUGUAUCAGUAUGACCGGUUUACUUUGCGAAUGAGUAGUUGGGUGAAUUUGACCCCAUAUUGCCGGUACGCUGCUGCUUGCUCGUUGCCAUACCAAUCCUCACUCCCUCCUCGAGAACACGUCCACUCGGACGGCAAAAUAAACUGGACGGAACACGUAGUACACUACCAUCGGCCUAGGUUUCUUGCUAUGCCACUGGGGGGUGGUGGUGUUGCAGUGGGGAGGAUUGGAAUGGUGAAUUUGCCAACAACUGGGCAAAAGGGAGAAUCACGCCACUGGGCGGCAAAGCACACACUCGCCGGCCAAUGGACGAGCGGCUUGAGUGGUCAGUGA